AUGGCCCCUCGAACAAGAAGAACGGCGUUCCCAAAAGUGGUGAUUGAAAGAGACACCGACUCUGAACAAAGUUCGUCAUCAGACGAUGAAGAAGAAGUGGAAAAGGAAGAAGAAGAAGAGUGCCCCCCAUCAGAAUCAGAAUCAGAACCAGAAGAGGAGGAUGCAACCAAAAAUGGAAAUGGAGAGAAAAUUGAAGUAGAUUUAAGUUCAAAAAAGAAAGGAAAAACACCCAUUACUAUUAGUCUCAAGAAAGUUUGUAAAGUUUGUAAGAAACCGGGACAUGAAGCGGGAUUUAAAGGAGCUACGUACAUAGACUGUCCCAUGAAACCCUGCUUUCUCUGCAAAAUGCCUGGCCACACGACGAUGACAUGCCCUCACAGAGUGGCUAUUGAGCAUGGGGUAAUCCCAGCUUCCCGCCCAAAUACUCAUAAUUCAGUGGAAUUUGUUUUUCAGCGCCAGCUUAGACCAACAAUCCCUCCAAUAAAGCCAGCAUAUGUCAUACCAGAUCAAGUAUGUUGUGCCGUUAUCAGAUACCACAGCAGGCGAGUAACAUGCUUGGAAUUUCACCCAACAAAAAAUAACAUCCUUUUAUCUGGGGAUAAGAAAGGACAAGUUGGAGUUUGGGAUUUUGACAAGGUGCAUGAAAGGAUGGUUUAUCAAAACAUACACACUUGUAUUGUCAAUAACAUGAGGUUUAAAUCUACAAAUGAUGGUAUGAUAUAUGCUGCUUCCUCUGAUGGAACAAUUAGUUGCACUGAUUUGGAGACUGGAUUGUCAUCAUCUCUGAUGAGCCUUAAUCCUAAUGGGUGGCAGGGUCCAAGCACCUGGAGAAUGCUUUAUGGCAUGGAUAUCAACUCAGAGAAAGGUGUUGUGGUUGUUGCUGAUAACUUUGGUUUUCUUUACUUGGUGGAUACACGAUCCAACAGUAAAACUGGGGAGGCAAUUUUGAUCCAUAAGAAGGGUAGUAAAGUUGUUGGUCUCCAUUGCAAUCCAGUUCAACCAGACCUGCUUUUGAGUUGUGGAAAUGAUCAUUUUGCUCGUAUAUGGGAUAUGCGUCGACUGGAAGCUGGAUCUUCUCUUUUUGACCUUGCACACAAGCGUGUUGUUAACUCUGCAUAUUUUUCUCCACUGUCUGGUAGCAAGAUUCUUAGUACUUCUCAAGAUAACCGCCUUCGUAUUUGGGAUUCUAUCUUUGGAAACAUGGAUGCCCCAAGCCGAGAAAUCGUACACAGUCAUGAUUUCAACAGACAUCUGACUCCUUUCCGUGCUGAAUGGGAUCCGAAGGACCCAUCAGAGUCCCUUGCAGUUAUUGGUCGUUACAUAAGUGAAAAUUACAAUGGAGCUGCCUUGCAUCCGAUUGAUUUUAUUGAUGUUAGCACUGGGCAACUAGUUGCUGAAGUUAUGGAUCCAAACAUCACAACUAUUAGUCCUGUGAACAAGCUACAUCCUCGAGAUGAUAUUUUGGCAUCUGGCAGUUCGAGGUCCCUUUUCAUUUGGAGGCCAAAGGAGAAGUCCGAACCUGUGGAACAGAAAGAUGAAAGCAAGAUUGUUAUCUGUGGAGGUGCUAAGAAAAAGCGUAAAGGGAAGUUUGAUGGUGAAAACGAUGAUGAUUCUGAUCAGGAGGGAUGGCUAUCCAAGACCAAGAAUUUAAAAUUUAAAAAUUCUGAAUCGAAAUCAGCUCGCAGGCCUCGCAAGGCCAAACCCGCACAGCUCAAAGAGGCAUCGAAGGGAACCCAAACUAUUGAUGUAGCAGAGUGGAUUUCAGAAAGAGAUUGA